AUGGUCAUGGAUCAACUGCUCGAACGUCAAUUGUUGCAGCAUUUAAGCAACGGCUUACUCUCCGUCGCUUCCGCCCAACGUUUAGCUCCUCCACUUAAUAGCAGUUUAAGUAAUAUUUUGCCCUCCACCUCGGCUUUAAAUUUGUAUGCAGCCACUACAGCUGCUUCUAAUUUACGUGUACCGCCAUGGGCGCCUUUCUUACAACUGCCCCACCAUGUUAAUGCUGGUAUACAUACCACACGUCAGCGUUUAUUAAACAGUUCCUCUGCUCAAACUGCUGACUCUGGUUUAUUUCACGCCUGUUCUCCAAUUGGUGCUGCUCAGCAGCAUCCGCCUAAAGUUAUGGCAACUGCUGUUUUGCCAUUUUGUACUAGCAUUUUAAAGGCUCAGUCAACGACCAAUAUUUUGCCACUUGUAGCUGCAGCACCACAACAGCAGCCUCAACAGCCACAAGCAAAGCUUAAUUUAAAUUUGCCAAAGACUAAUUUGCAACAUGCUAAACACAAUGUUGUACCACAAGGACCUCCAGCUGCCGACGGCAAUGUAUCGAAUGAUGAUGAUGAAUCCCUUUGCAAUGAAGAUGAUUAUGAUGAAGACAACGAAAGCAACAGUUCUAAACGAAGACGAAACCGUACAAAUUUCAACUCAUGGCAACUAGACGAACUGGAGAGAACUUUUUUAACAAAUCAUUAUCCAGAUGUUUAUAUACGUGAGGCUCUAGCAUUACGUUUGAAUCUCAAGGAGAGUCGUUUAGCGGUGUGGUUUCAAAAUCGAAGAGCUAAAUGGCGUAAAAAAGAAAACACCAAAAAAGGACCAGGAAGACCUGCACAUAAUGCUCAUCCUCAGACUUGUUCGGGUGAUCCCAUACCAUUAAAAGAAUUAAAACACAAAUUAAGAGUACAAAAACUCAAGCGAAUUGACAAAGCCAUAGAAAGACAAGCGAGGAAACUACAUUCUAAAGGAAUCGAUGUCAACUGGGAGCAAUUGAAAUCAGACUACUUAGCUCAGCAUGGUAUAAAUGCUCAAAGUGCAACAGAUUCAGAAAGUGAUGACAAUGAAGAUAUCCAAAUUGAUGUUGUGGGCGGUACUGAGAACACUGUUAAUAGCAAUUUUUCAACUGAUUGCAGUAAUUCUAUAGGUUCUAGUGAAGAGAAAACUCUCAAUUUAAUUGAUAACAAAAACGAGUUAUGUGAGCUGAAAGUAAAGCCGUUGGUGUCCUGUAAAAAUUUUCUAUUUAAAAAUGAUAUAAAUGAACAUGUGAAAAUUGAGAACAAUAAACAUAUAAAACGUCUGAAUUCAUUUAGUAUAGAAUCCCUAUUAAAUAGCAAAACAUGA